GGCUAUAUUAUUCAACGAAAGGUUCUUCUAAGGAAUCUAAACAUCUGCAUUGUUUUUCACAAUUUACUGGUGUUCAUGCGUAUACUGCAGUGAAUGGUAGAAAGCAUUUUGGUGCUCCAAAUGACAAUGUCUUCUGCUUAAAGCCAGUACAUUCAUCUGAUUUGCGAGAGAUUAAAUGUUUGUGCGCUGAAGAUGACGGAACCCGACAGUCGUGGAUCACUGGAAUACGGUUGGCAAAGUAUAAAUCGCAACUGCGCAAUAACUACCUGACGUCGCUACGAAGACAAGCCAAAUUACAAGAUUUAAAUGCAGCUGAUUAUAGCCCUCGAUUGAUGAAAGCUAGUUGUAAAGACCGCGUAGCGAUGGAUUUUACGCAGACACAGAGUAGAAUAGUUGAUAAUCCGUGUGAAGCUUUCGCAGUAGCUAUCGCUGAAGGCCACGAAUGGAGGAAAAGAGCUGGAGGUGGUUCUACACCUAGAACAAUGGGAAGUCCUAGACUGAGUAGUAGUCCGAGAAUUACCAGUCCUAUACAACAUAAAGGAAUUGAAUCUGGUAUCCAUAUUACACAACCUUGGUUUCAUAGUAGAGUUAGCCGAGAGGAGUCAGAGUUGUUAUUAACUCAACAAGGAGCAGUUGAUGGAUUGUUCUUGCUUCGAGAGAGUCAGAGUCUUUCUGGUGUGUUUGUUCUGACACUGUGCUUUGGUGGCAAAAUAAGGCAUUACCAGAUUGGUCAAUGUGAAAAUCAGGAUGGGCAAAUAUUCUACAGUCUAGAUGAAGGAAUCACUAAAUUCAUGGACCUGGUGCAGUUAGUGGAAUUUUAUGAACUCAAUGCUGUGGGCUUGCCAUCCAAAUUAUUACAUGCUUGUACCUUAUCAAAAUGAUUGGAGGAAUUCCAACUAAUUGCGCUGUAUGUAUAAAAAUUGCAUGUCAUAUCACCAUGCUGCAGGCUUGCCAUCUAAAUUAGUACAUGUUUGAACCAUAUCAAAGUGAUUAGAAGAGACCCUGACUCACCACACUGUAUAAAAUAUUCAUAUAUAUAUAUAUAUAAUCUUGAUUGCAUCCCAUCGUGGUGCUAUGGGCUUGCUAUCCAAAUUGUACCUCUAGGAAGUUGAUACGAGGACCUGAAAUGUAUAUGGUUAAUUGCCGUGAACGCUAUUGAAUUCUUAAUAUAUAUAUCGAUGACAAAAAUUACAGUUGGCAUGAAACAAAGAACAGAGACAUUAAAGAUGACUUAUUUAUUUAAAUUCAAGAAAAGGACAUGAUCAUUUUUAUUGAGACAUGAUUAUUCAAAAUUGUCAUUGGUUUUGGACUGACCACACUAAAAUUAAUAUAUGUAAUUUGCAAAUGCGUAAAGUAUGUAACCUAAAUAUAGUCGUACCCUUUACUGUCUUCCCUUCAUCAAUAUUACCAUCCAUAUUUAGAUACUGCUAUGUAGAAUAGACCAUUUAAACUAUAAAAACAAUUCAUAAGAAUCAAAGGAUUAUUGAUUUUCAACUCAACGAUUUUAAUAUUCACACACUGGAGAGUACAGGAACAGUCAACUGUGGUGUUUUCUUUGAUGCGUCAUGAGCAUCUCUUUAAGAUUCAAAUGUGAUUUUGAUUAAUUAAGUGCAAGGUUACAUGAGAUAUUGACAAAUUCCAAGAAAUGAGAUGUUUUAGAUCUGUUUAUGCACAAAUACAGCAUAUUUAAAAAAUUUUUUUUAUAUAAACUGCUAAAAGUAUUACAUCAUUGAGACUUUUCAGAUAUUGGUGCUUAUACGAUCGAAAUUGACACACCAAGAGACAUCACACCGACCAUCAUUCAUUUCCCUGUAUUCUCUAAUGUAAUUUGUUUCACUACUACA